AUGCCUUAUUCAGUGGAUUUUAUUUUGCUUAAGCUAUCGGGUGAGUUGCCUGUAAUGAUAUCGUGUCCAGACGAACAAAUAGUCAUUGAAUUAACGGACGACAAGAACUUUAUUAUUUGCAAAUACGAGUCAAAUGCUCACAAUUUCUUAUACCCGAGACCUCAGUUGCGGCCGAAGUAUAGCCAAUCGAGUCGUUCUCUUCUUAUGGACUCUUGUCUUCUGCCGAUUGCACCCAAACUCGAGUUUCAGAUCAUUAACAGCAUUACCCAAGAAGUAAAUGAAUGCGAUACAGACAAAGAUAUCGACACUUAUGAAUCAGAAUCUGUUGAAUCACAUCCAGAAUCGGAGGACAAUAGUCUUACAUUUUAA